UUUCUUUAUAUUUAAAACUGUAAAACGUAAAGAAACAGAGCCUGUCUCUGUCCUCCCCUUUGUACUCUCGAGUUGAUUAUCAAUGGAGAUAAAAAUGUUCGUACUUGAUUAGAGAGAAAGGCACUUCGUACCAAAAAGCCAUUUCUUCAUUCCUCGUCAUCAGCAGCUGCUUUUGCAAUCAUCAAAAGCACUCCUUCACAGAAAGCCGCUUCUGCUAAUUUCAGCUCUCCGUUUGACUGUUUCUUCAGAGAAAAAAUACUACAGUUACUUUCAAGGUGGAGAGCAGAACUGAGGGUGAUUGUGUUUGGGAAAGAUGGAUCAGAUGAACCAUAGAAAUGGCAACUAUGCUCCUAUCAGGGAUCAAGAGGACCCGGUAUUGGGAAUAUUUGACAAACCGCUUCCUUGCUUUGGUUGUGGAAUUGGAUGGUUUUCUCUUUUGCUUGGAUUUGUAUUUCCAGUGAUGUGGUACUAUGCUGCAUUUCUUUACUUUGGGAAGUAUUAUCAUAGAGACCCAAGGGAGCGAACUGGGCUCCAAGCUUCAGCAAUAGCUGCUUUGAUUUGUACAACUGCUGUGUUCAUAGUGGUAGCUGUCUUUGUUAUCAAAUCCUUGCUCCCAUAACCGAUGUCAGCGUCGUACAAAAUUCUCUAUGAUGAUGUUUAGCUCAAUCGUCCUUCCUGUAAUCGUAUCAGGCG